AAUAUGGUCCGUGUAUGGAAUAAGGACGCACUGAAGAACACGAUACUCUUUUUCACCACCGUCUCGUCACCUCUUAGUAACACUGUUGCAGUCUCUACUUUUCUCUUUUGAUCCGCCAAGCAAAUAUUGUUAAAAUCUCUUUCGAAUUUGCUUUGUUUCCGAAUGGCUACCGGAGAAGAAUCAUCAUCGUCGUCUGGAUUGAGCUUGGAAGGGAUUAACGAUGUCGAGGAUUUCGUUUGGGGGAAUCAAGGAGAGUCGGCAUCCGUGUCAUUAGGGCGGUUUAGUCAUCUGUAUGAUCUCAUGGAUAUGGGCAACAAAGCAUUCAGAGAGAAACGUUUUGAGGAGGCUGUCAAUUGUUACUCAAGAGCGCAUAAUAUUCAACCAGCUGAUCCUGUCGUUCUUAACAACCGAUGCGCUGCUUAUCUCAGGAUUAGUCAGUUCCUGAAAAACAGGCCACCUUCUACAUCUGAACAUAGACCAUUGAGCGGGCUUGAUCCUACAAUCCAUGCUGGCCUUGCAUUGAAAGAUGCUGAUCACCUUAUCAACUUGCGAAGCCAAUCUGCAACUCCAUACAUAUUGAAGGCAAAUGCACUCAUUUUAUUAGAGAGAUUCGAGCUAGCUCGUGAUGCAAUUCAUUCUGGUCUUCAGGUUGAUGCUUCAAGCAAUGCUCUAAGAAAUUUAGAAAGAAUAGCAACCAAUAUACUUGGGAGGAGACUCCAUGGGAGACCAGCACGUACAGAUGAUUUUGAUUGCAUGCUUUGCUUGAAAUUACUAUAUGAACCAAUUACAACUCCAUGUGGACACACUUUCUGUCGAUCUUGCCUCUUCCAAUCAAUGGACCGAGGUAACAGAUGUCCUUUGUGCAGAACAGUUUUGUUUAUUAGUCCUAGAACAUGUGCAAUAAGUGUGACACUGAAUAGCAUAAUAGAGAGGAACUUCCCACAGGAAUUUGCAGAAAGGAAGUUGGAGCAUGAGAGUUUGACAAACAUGGGUCCUGAUUUGAUGCCUCUUUUUGUCAUGGAUGUUGUGUUGCCUUGUCAGAAGUUACACCUAAACAUUUUUGAAGCUCGUUACAGACUUAUGGUGAGGAGGAUUAUGGAAGGAAACCGUAGAAUGGGAAUGGUUAUACUGGACCCCACAACAGGAUCUGUAGCUGAUUAUGCUUGUGAAGUGGAAAUCACAGAUUGUGAGCCUCUUCCUGAUGGGCGUUUUUUCCUGGAGGUUGAGAGUCGAAGAAGAUUUCGCAUUCUUCGAAACUGGGAUCAAGAUGGGUACCGUGUUGCAGAAGUUGAGUGGGUGCAAGAUUUAUUUCCAGCUGAAGGAACAAGAGAGAAAUAUGAUUUGCAGCAAACAACAAAUAAAGUAGCAGCAUAUGCUAGAUCAUGGAUAAGAGUGGCUCAAGAGGCAGGCCGAAGAGACCAAGCAAGACUCACGGAACUGCAUAGAGCAGAGGGUUUGAUGCCUUCAACAAGUGAUCCUGAAUCCUUCAGUUUUUGGCUUGCUACCCUAACAAAUCAGAGACCACUUGAAAGGUUGUCUCUGCUUCGCCUUAGAGAUACAAAAGAGAGGUUAAGAAGAGGAUAUUUUUACAUGAAAGCAGCAGCAGAAGAGACAUAAUUACAUUCAUUUAAUUCAUGAAGUAUAGUUUUUUUUUUUUUUUUUUUUUUUUAAUAUAUAGCCAAUUCAAAAUUCUUUAUUCCUCAUGAUAUAGAGAGGUUCCAAGGUGAUCAAACAAUACACACACAAACGGUAAAGAAAAAUGCAGAAUCAUUUUUGUUUUUUUAUUCAUUUUUAAGUUUAUGUUGUAAAGAACAGGCUGAAUCCUAUAUUAUACGGUGGUAAACAUACAAUAUUUUUUUUCACAAAUGUUGAUGUCUUUCUUAUUUGAGUUGCCGAUUAUAAUAAAUUUGAUUAUGUUU